AUGGUUUUGGGAAAUGUUGGGAUGAAGGAGAAGGUUGGGAGGUUGGGGGAUGACUGGUUGAGGCAGCGGAGAGGGUGGUCCAAUGCUGUAACGGGCACAGAUUGGAUUGGGGUGUUCAAGCAGUUGGUGGAGUGGGUGGUUGGCGAGGUGGGCGAUAAACUCACUGUUGCUGGGUUUAUGGUGUUUUUCGCGCUGUUGUGGGCCGUGGUCAUGACAGUGGUGUGGAUGGUGCAGGCGGUUGGCCAAAUAUGGCAUACCUGGUACAGGCAGGAGAAGAUUGUGGUCUUGGAGGAGGUUGAUUCGGAGGGCAGGGAUCGCCACAGACCGGCUUUCCUGGAUAUCAAUGUGGAGGAGAUGGCUGGGAGUUUGCUUGGGAAGCGGAGGGAGAAGGGCACCGGUGUUGGUUGGGGCCGAGGCUGA